GAUGGCUGGAGCUUGGAGGUCGAUCGACCGAGGCAGAGGCGGUGGAGGAUCUCGUCGUGGACGCUCUGGUGGUCGAGGUCGUCGACUGGGAACGCGGUUCCCCUUGGUGCUCCUAGGAAUCCUUGGGGUUCCAUUAUCCAUGUUGGAUCCCUUAGUGCCUCUCAAAAAGCAGGGGACUCCUGAUGUUGACAUAGCCGAGGGUGUCAUUCCUACCUCCACCAAUCAUCAAGGAACUUUGAAGAAGACCUGGAGUGAUCUGCUUAAAUCUGACCCUCCCAUCAACAUCCAAAAGAACAGCUUUCACUCCGGCCUUAACUCCGGCCAUCGCUCCUCUGUCUUUAAAAGGGAGUUGGUAAAGAAACCAAUGACCUCUGGGACUAGAAGAGCUGAGGCGUUCCCCAAAGGCUGUUGCUUUCGCUGUGGGGGCCGUGGGCACUAUUGGCGAGAGUGUCGAAAUGGGGUCGUCUGCUUUAUCUGUCGAGGCAUAGGCCAUUCUUCAUGCACCUGUGGUCUUGGAAGGAAGAAGAUGGAAUUAAAUGAGGUGGUAUUUUCUCCUGAGAAGCUGGAGUCUUCACAAGUGUUCCUCCCCACU